CCUCCAAGUACUCGGUCCACUCGCAUAGACCCUGUGACCCUGUUCAACUCAACGCUUCCCCAACAACAACAGUGCAAACGAACUGCUCGUUCAGCACAAUUCAAGCUGCAGACCAGGGAGAUCCUUCAACCCAGAGCAGGAAACGUAGGGAAUAUCUGGGAUCAGACGAUGAUCGGGAAAUCAUACUUCCUCCUGGCACUUCUCCAAGCUGUAGUGUCAGGAGAGUGGAGAGGUGACACUCCACGAGAUGUGACGGCGCAGAAGGGUCUGUGCGCCCGGAUUCCGUGCCACUACAGUUAUCCAUCAAGUCUGGCCAAUGAAUCACGGGAUGGGGUCUGGUUUAACUCGGAGAAAGUGAAACCGUGGGCACCCUUAGCCUUUCACUCCAAGGAUUCCAAGCACACCUUGCCAAGGUUUCGCCACCGAACUCGGCUCUCUGGAAACCUGAAAGAUGGUGACUGUUCCCUGGUUAUGAACGACGUCACACAGGAGGAUGAAGGGCCUUACUUUUUCAGAAUUGAAUUUAACCACCAGCAGAUUUACAGUUUCUUCCCUGUAACACAAAUUCAUGUUUCUGAUUUCACAGAUAAACCCUCGAUAUUCCCUGCUGAAAUGGUUGCAGGAAAGCCAGUGAAUGUACACUGCACCUUCAACACCACGUGUGAUGGGACGGUGCCCACCUUAACCUGGGUCACCCCCACUGAUGUACCAUCGUCAGUCUCAGACAGUACAACUCAGCGGGGAGACACUCUGAUAUACACUUCUGUUCUGACCCUGACCCCAGAGCUCAAACAUCACGGGGAGAAUCUCACCUGCAGAGUCAGAUACCCAUCUGUUUCAUCGGAGCGGACCCUCACAUUGACUGUGCAAUAUAAGCCGGAGAUUUCUCCCAAAUCUGGAUGCACUCAGAUGCCCGAGGGCAUCACCUGUGUCUGCACGGCCAGAUCCAACCCACCCGCAGAACUCACCUGGCACCUGCCCCUCGCCAACCUCAGCGGGAACCAGACGCACGGCCGUUUCCAGGCGUGGCAGGUGGCAGACGGGCAACUGGUGACUGGCUCACUGACCCUGAGAGGGGGCGAGGGAGAGGAGGAAACGACGGCCUCGUGUACAGUCCGAAACCAGCACGGGGAGGUCACGUUCAAGAUGUAUCUGUGGGUGAGAGGUGGCUGUGACCGGAUUGAAAAACGUGUCAUCGCUGGAAUCACCAUCGGAGCUCUGGUCAUCGCUGGUAUGGUCAUCACUAUCACCAGAACCCUCCGGGCAAAGUGCUGUCACAGCAAACGAGAAAAUGCCUUGGCCCAGCCGAAGGUGCAGAAAGCUGAAGGUGAGGUGGUGGAUGUGGAGUCUCUCUAUCAGGAACUGCGUGCUGGCAAUCGGGAUCUGUACAGCGAGCUCAAGCCCAGCUACAAUUAAACCCAUGUCAAAGCCUCUCUGUGUGCACUCCCCCGUGCCCUCGUUCUCUGACGUUUCUCUCUGAUCUCUCUUCUUACUCUGUAUUCUCCCUCUCUCCGUGCCGCACGUCUCUGCUUUUCCCUCCCCCUCCCUGCGCACGCUCAAUCCUGCUCCCUGGAUGCUCUGUCCCCUGCUCCACACUCUUCCCCCACCCUGCACGUGCUCUCUCUCCUCCGUCCCUCUGCUGAUGAAGCCAAACAUACCAUCUGCCCUCUUUAACAUAUUAGCCUUGUCAUAAAGCGUGAGUGACAGAA